AUGUUACCGUGGUACGAACGAGUUCAUGGACAUACUGAUAGAUUUCACGGAAGUUCUGAUCAUGAAUAUUGCGAAUGCGGAAAAAAAACUACUUCAUCGUUGUCUAGAAUAAUUGGAGGGCGAGAAGUUUUUGAAAACGAAUUUCCCUGGAUGGCUGGUAUUAUAAGUAUGAAUAAAUCACAAGUAAUCUGCGGAGCAUCAAUCAUAAACGAUCGUUAUGUAAUAACUGCAGCCCACUUUAUAUUUUAUAAUUUUAGCAAAAAUGAUUUAAAAGUAUCUGUUGGCGCUCAUAAUUCAUGCAAAUGGGAUGCAAAAAGCAUUAUCUUUUCUGUUAAGAGUAUUUUCCCACAUCCAGAUUACAAUAGAAACACAAAUUUCGCUGAUAUCAUGCUUGUAAAAUUAAUUAUGAGGAUUACCUUCAACAAACUUGUUAAACCGAUUUGUUUACCAAAACUCGAACUUGAUGCAGUCUCUCAAUACGAAGGACAAUCCGUAUCUGCACUUGGCUGGGGAUUUUCAGAAAAUGAAUUUUUAUUUAAUACAGACUGUGGUUUACGUGUUGUAGAUUUAACAUUAUUUAAGAGAUCGGAAUGUCCUACUACCGUCUCGACCUUGCUUUGCGCAGGAUAUAAAAAAGCACCUCGAGGCACUUGUGGGGGUGAUAGCGGCGGACCUCUUCAGAUUUUGGAUGAAAAUUAUAAGUACGUCUUGAUAGGAAUUACUUCAAGCGGAUUACUGUGUGCUGACGUUAACUAUCCAGAUUUCUAUACGGAUGUUACACAAAUGAUUUCAUGGAUAUUGCAAGUAACAAAACAUGAUUCCAAGUACUGUUGGCAUUGGUAUGAUUGA